GAGAAAUUAAAAUUUAUUAAAAUAUCAGUGGUGCCGUCAAUACUGACACCGAAAAGACCACCACCUCUCCAUCGAGUUAGGUUAGAGUCCAAUCAGCUUGGAGACUUCCAAAAACAUUAUUUCCAAGUCUGACCCCAGGAAUGGACCCCAAUUGCAAUAGCACGAUAGAAUUCAAUUAAGCUUAAGACGAAAAGCCUCCUAGACAUUGCAGUCAUAUCGUAUAGCAAUUUUCAAGUUCUUCAUGGCUGCAGUUGCAACUUUUGAGACUUUGGCACCAAGUGCCAUCGACAUGUUCCAAAAUUUUAAUGUUCGCAAAAUUUGCAUUUGCACCCAUUUUUGAUUGCAACAUGAAUAGCGCCAGCUACGACACAAAUAUCUCAUGUUCAACCCCCAUAACAGAGAGAACAAGUCCUCCAGCAUAUUCGAAGAUCCUCUCACUAAGUUUCGCCAGGCUUGAGCAUUUACUAGAUCAUGGUCCUUUUGAGUCCAUAGAGCAGCUAAAGCCCAUACUUGAUGAGUUUCUGUCGAUACUAGAGCGAACUACUGAGUGGAACUCGAUGGGGGAAACUCUUAAGGAUGAAAUAAUUGAUUUCUUCUCCACGUCACGCCUAGAGAGAAUAGUCAAGGUGCUUGUGGUAGCCUUUCUUGAAAAACUAAUACCAAUGGAUUUGGAUUGCCCCGACAACUUCACACAAUGGGUGGCGCCCCAGCGGUCGUUGAAGCUUUUUUGCCGACUAGUUGCAGUGCUCUUUCGGCUCCCAUUUGACCACAGGUUUGAAACAACCAUACCCGUUGAAAUCACCGUAUCAAUUCUAGAAAAAUUGGAGGCAGUGGCUCUGCAACUCCAAACCACAAUGGAUGUACACUUCACGGAACCUCCUGAUAGUACAACUCGGUCAUCAAUCUUGAAAGACGAAGAUGGGCCUCAGGGAUGCUCGACUGGGCUAGAGUUGAUCUCGCAAAUGAUGGAGAUAAAAACGGAUUUGAAGAAUAAAUGCAAUCUUAUCAAGCUUGCUUCGCUUUUGGUGGUCACCUUCUCAAAGCCCAAGCUCGAGAUUGUGCAGUUCUUCACCCACCUCGAGUUGGACAUACAUAAUAUCCCACGAAUUAGUGCACAGUUCUGUGCAUUCUCUAAUUGUAUUCUCAUGUGCUAUGAUUACUACGAUCUUGAACGGGAUGCAGACUUCGAAAUUCUCGGAAAGGCUCACGAAGCCUUCGUAACUCGUGUACGGCUAUUUUCCCUUUUUCUACCGCAAAUAGAGGCCUCUAGUAAGAGGUGUUCGAAGAUCCAUAGACAGAUUUUCAAGAAACCAAAGUCCAGGGCUAAACCAACGACAAACCCAACGGUGCAGCGCUAUUCGUGCUACUACAAACACAUUACCAAGACCGGAGACUAUAGGAAAUAUUUGCAAAUUCCUCCUCUGCCAGAAUGGCCAAAAAUCUUUGAUAGGAGUAUUUGUGAUUCAAGUAGCUCGCUACUGAUAUCAAAUAGGGAAGCAGAAACUCGGAAACCAACGGGAAUAUCACCCGGUGGUGUUUUCAUUCCUAUUCAGAAGGUGUGUGAAUUUGAAGUUGUGCCUCCAAUUCAAACCCGAAAUGGGUUCAGAAAGAAAUGCAAGAGUGUUACAAAUAAAUUAUUGAAAUUGCAUAAGUGGAGAGGAGGAUGGCUCAAUCCCAAGCCAAUACUAGAGACCGAGGUUAUUGUUGCAGACAGGCAAUAG